UCGCCAGGGCCGGCGGGCGGGCUGUGGCUUUCUAGAGAGGCCCACCUCGGGGGAGCCGAGUCCGGGGGGCCGCCGCCAUGUUUGGCUGUUUGGUUGCCGGGAGGCUGGUGCAAACAGCUGCGCAACAGGUGGCAGAAGAUAAGUUUGUAUUUGACGUGACAGACUACGAAAGCAUCAACCAUGUGGUGGUCUUCAUGCUGGGGACCAUGCCUUUUCCAGCGGGCAUGGGCGGAUCUGUCUACUUCUGCUAUCCUGAUGAAAAUGGGGUGGCAGUGUGGCAGCUCCUGGGUUUUGUCACAAACGAAAAACCAAGUGCUGUCUUCAAAAUUUCUGGUCUAAAAUCUGGGAAAGGCAGCCAACACCCGUUUGGAGCCAUGAAUAUCCCCCAAAUGCCAUCUGUUGCCCAGAUUGGGGUCUCUGUGGAGCUGCUGGAUCUCUUGGCUCAGCAAACUCCUGUAGCAAGUGCCGCUGUAUCAUCAGUCAAUUCGUUCACAGAGUUCACUCAAAAGAUGCUAGAUAAUUUUUAUAACUUCACCUCAUCCUUCACUGUCACUCAGGCCCAAAUGAUACCCAACCCAUCUGAAGCUUUCAUUCCUGCAAAUGUAGUUCUGAAAUGGUACGAGAAUUUCCAAAGACGGCUAACUCACAAUCCUUUCUUUUGGAAAACAUAAUCUUGAAUCAAGUUCUUUGAAAAGUGCUCCGGCAACAAGAUUGCAACUUAAAAGAUGCAGAAAACUGAGCCCACUAAAGAAAAUCUGGAUUGAUUUGAAAUUUUGAGUGGAAAGGGGGAGAAAAACAGCUUUUGUAAUAUUUUUGCGACUUGGUUUAAAAUUAAAGCCCUAAAAAUAGUA